GCCCAACUCUUACUCUGGUCCGGGAGGAGGCUGCGAGAGCAGCGGCGGCGGCGGCAGCAGCAGCAGCAGCAGCAGCAGCAGCAGCAGCGCCGCACCGGCAGAACACCAGGGGCUGAGCCUGGGGACAGCCCCGCUCGCUGGCGCGCUCCCCUGAAGUCCGAGAGGAGAAGGAGGAAGGGCAGCAUCGUCCGGGCCACGAUGCCUACGAACUUCACCGUGGUGCCCGUGGAGGCGCAGGCAGACGCCGCGAAUGGCUCUAGGGAGUCCGGGGCACCGGAGGAAGAGCUGGAGCGGCAGCCGCUGUCGCCGCCGGACCCGGAGGUUUCCCCGGAGGUCGAGCUCGCGUUUAGCCAAGAGCCGCUAGAAUGCAGCUCCGGGAUCCUGGGAGAUGGGACUGCUAGAGAAAACAGCCCUUUCAUUAACAAUACUGACAUGGAAAGAGAAAAUAUCUAUGAAGGAAAAAACAUGGCGCUGUUUGAGGAAGAAAUGGAUAGCAAUCCCAUGGUAUCAUCGCUUCUUAAUAAACUAGCAAAUUACACCAAUCUGAGUCAGGGUGUGGUCGAACAUGAGGAGGAUGAAGAUAGCAAGCGAAAAGAAAUUAAGGCUCCACGAAUGGGAACUUUCAUUGGCGUGUACUUGCCCUGCCUGCAGAACAUCCUCGGAGUCAUUCUAUUCCUGCGUUUGACGUGGAUCGUAGGUGCAGCAGGAAUCCUUGAGUCCUUCAUCAUCGUGUUUAUGUGCUGCACUUGUACGAUGCUGACAGCCAUAUCAAUGAGUGCCAUAGCAACAAACGGUGUAGUUCCAGCUGGAGGCUCAUACUACAUGAUCUCAAGGUCUUUAGGUCCUGAAUUUGGAGGAGCAGUCGGACUCUGUUUCUAUCUGGGGACCACUUUUGCAGGAGCCAUGUACAUUUUAGGAACAAUUGAGAUUUUCCUGACUUAUAUUUCUCCAAAUGCUGCUAUAUUUCAUUCAGAAGAUGUUGAAGGAGAAAACGGAGCAAUGCUCAACAAUAUGCGUGUUUAUGGGACGUGUACACUUGCUUUGAUGGCCAUGGUGGUGUUUGUAGGCGUCAAAUAUGUCAAUAAGCUUGCCCUGGUAUUUCUGGCCUGUGUGAUCCUCUCAAUUCUUGCCAUUUAUGCUGGUGUCAUCAAGACUGCUUUUGAGCCCCCAGACAUUCCGGUUUGUUUUCUUGGAAAUCGCACGUUAUCCAACCGAGAAUUUGAUGUCUGUGCUAAAUUCCAAAUUAUAAAUAAUGAAACGGUGACAACACGUCUCUGGGGACUCUUCUGCAACAGCUCUAUGCUUAAUGCCACAUGCGAUGAUUACUUUUAUGAAAACAAUGUGACUGAAAUUCAGGGAAUUCCAGGAAUUGCCAGUGGUAUCAUAUCAGAAAAUCUGUGGAGUGCUUAUGCAGAUAAGGGAGCAUAUGUAGAAAAGAAAGGUAUGCCUUCAUUCCCUGUGUCAGAGGAAACAAAAACUAGCGGCCUGCCUUAUGUAUUGACGGACAUCAUGACCUACUUUACGAUGUUGGUAGGAAUUUAUUUCCCAUCUGUGACAGGUAUUAUGGCAGGUUCUAACCGAUCUGGUGAUUUGAGGGAUGCUCAGAAAUCCAUCCCUACAGGAACAAUUUUGGCAAUCGCGACCACAUCUUUUAUCUAUUUGUCCUGCAUUGUGCUUUUUGGAGCCUGUAUAGAAGGUGCAGUUUUGAGAGAUAAGUUUGGAGAAGCCCUGAAAGGAAACCUUGUGAUUGGCAUGCUUGCCUGGCCAUCUCCCUGGGUCAUUGUCAUUGGCUCCUUCUUCUCCACCUGUGGGGCUGGCCUUCAGAGCUUAACAGGUGCACCUAGGCUACUGCAGGCUAUUGCAAGAGAUGGGAUUGUGCCUUUCCUUCAGGUAUUUGGUCACGGAAAAGCAAAUGGGGAGCCCACAUGGGCCUUACUCCUCACUGCUCUCAUCUGUGAAAUAGGAAUCCUAAUUGCUUCCUUGGACAGUGUAGCACCAAUUCUUUCAAUGUUUUUCCUCAUGUGCUACAUGUUUGUGAAUUUGGCUUGUGCUGUACAGACUCUUCUGCGCACCCCAAACUGGCGUCCUCGUUUCAAGUUCUAUCAUUGGACUCUUUCUUUUCUUGGAAUGAGCUUGUGUCUUGCCUUGAUGUUCAUUUGCUCUUGGUACUAUGCUCUGUUUGCCAUGCUUAUUGCAGGCUGUAUCUAUAAGUACAUUGAGUACAGAGGAGCUGAGAAAGAAUGGGGCGAUGGGAUAAGAGGUUUAUCUCUGAAUGCUGCUCGUUUUGCAUUACUUCGUGUAGAACAUGGCCCACCCCACACUAAAAACUGGAGACCUCAAGUUCUGGUGAUGCUGAAUUUGGAUUCAGAACAGUGUGUAAAGCAUCCAAGGUUACUCUCAUUCACGACCCAGUUGAAGGCUGGUAAAGGGUUAACAAUUGUGGGCUCUGUCCUGGAGGGAACAUACUUGGAUAAACACCAAGAAGCCCAGAGAGCUGAAGAGAACAUCCGGUCCUUGAUGGGAGUAGAAAAGACCAAAGGAUUCUGCCAGUUAGUGGUCUCUUCCAGCUUGAGAGAUGGAAUGUCCCACUUGAUUCAGUCUGCUGGUUUGGGUGGCAUGAAGCACAAUACUGUACUUAUGGCCUGGCCAGAGUCAUGGAAACAAUCAGAUAAUCCCUUCUCCUGGAAGAAUUUUGUCGAUACCAUCCGAGACACCACCGCAGCACAUCAAGCUUUGUUGGUGGCUAAAAAUAUCGAUAUGUUCCCACAAAACCAAGAGCGCUUUAGUGAAGGAAACAUAGAUGUGUGGUGGAUCGUCCACGAUGGGGGCAUGCUCAUGCUGCUGCCGUUCCUGCUUCGCCAACACAAGGUUUGGAGAAAGUGCAAAAUGCGCAUCUUCACAGUAGCUCAAAUGGAUGACAACAGCAUUCAGAUGAAGAAAGAUCUUCAGAUGUUUUUGUACCAUCUGCGAAUCAGUGCUGAGGUUGAGGUCGUUGAAAUGGUUGAAAAUGACAUUUCGGCUUUUACCUAUGAAAAAACAUUAAUGAUGGAGCAGAGAUCUCAGAUGCUGAAGCAGAUGCAGCUUUCUAAGAAUGAACGCGAAAGAGAGAUUCAGAGCAUCUCUAAUGAGUCUCGAUGCUCUAUCAGAAGGAAGAGCCGCUCUAGUCCACAGUCCAUUGGUCAGGAUGUACAGGCCCUGCUGCCUAAUGACAGUCAAGAGGAAGAGGCUCAAUUAAUACAUGACAGAAACACUGCAGCAGUGGCCAAGACUAAAGCACCAGCUACACCAGAGAAGGUUCAGAUGACCUGGACUAAGGAAAAACUAGUCUCUGAAAAACAUAAAAACAAAGACUCAAACUUAACUGGAUUCCGAGACAUUUUCACUUUGAAACCAGAAUGGGGAAAUCUAAACCAGUCCAACGUCAGGAGGAUGCAUACGGCAGUGAAGCUUAAUGGGGUUGUCCUCAACAAAUCCCAGGAUGCCCAGCUGGUCUUACUGAAUAUGCCUGGUCCCCCCAAAAAUCGACAAGGAGAUGAAAACUACAUGGAAUUCCUAGAGGUUUUGACAGAAGGACUAAACCGAGUGCUUUUGGUGAGAGGUGGAGGCCGGGAAGUGAUCACCAUCUACUCCUAGUGCUGCUGCUGACUGCCCGCAGCUUAUUUAGAAAAUGGUGGCACUGAGUAUCUAGGUGAAUAGAAACACUGGACAGGCAGGUCUUGGGUUCCUGAAAGUUAAACAGUUUGAAAUGUUCCUGUGUACUUGAAAUGAUAUGCCAGCUUGAUCUGCUGAUCCAUAUGUUAAUGCUUUUUUUCUUUUUUUUAUAAAAAGAAGUGAUCUGUUGUUUUUCUUUUUUUAAACCUAGUGCAAAACUCUUGUUAAUACUGAAGAAACUUUAUCUGUCUGCACUGUUAAAUAAAAAGUCUGGGGGAGGGGGUUGGGAAUAGGAAGCUGAAGUGUGAAUGUGUGUGUGUGUGUGUGUGUGUGUGUGUGUGAGAAAUUAAAACAUCUUUCAAACCCCCCCCCCCAACACACACACACAAUUUAUUUGUAGUAUCUGGAAUAUUAAUCAUGUUCUCUUUUUUAAAAAAUCCUAAAUUGGUUUGUUUUUGUUUGUUUUUUUAACUGCUGCCAGGAGAGCUGAGCCUAUUCAGUGAUAAACUGUGAAGUUGGCUAAAGCUGAUAUUUUCUGAUUUGGGAUUCACUUUUUUCUCGGGAUGUGCCUAUUAACAGUCUUUUUAACCUUUACAUUGUAGCUUUACUAGCCCCAGAACAUGGAUUUAUAAAAAAUCCAUUUUUGUUCUUGCAGUUUAUUUUCUGGGUGGUACAUUUUAUAAAGAAGUAAACUGGCUACUUUUCUAAAAAGACAUCAGUUCACCUUCCCUCUUUUUUACCCUUGAAUCAUUUGACCAGCCAUGUUAGUAUUUCCAUGAGCAUCCAGAGAUGUUUUCAUCCCUGCCCGUGGCACAUCACUGAAGUUUAAGUCCAGAGGGUGAGUCUUAGGUAGGCAUAAGGGCCACACUCCCUUUCUAUAAUAAUAAGUCCAUGCUCAAACAUCUGUUUUUGGUCCAUGACUAUUCAGCUCCAAUUGUCUUGAAAGAGCAGCCACUGUUACUGAAACUUUUUUUAAAAAGAUGUUUCAUUUAUAAGUCUUGAAUAUUUAGCCUAAUAACAGUUAUAUAUUAAUCCAGGUUUUAUAUUUCAAAAAGCAAACAAAAACUCAACCCAAACUAAUUAUUUUCUCUAUGAUAUCCUAUUUCUUUUCUACUUUUUUAAAAAUGACUCAGAUAUUGCUGUUGACACCUGUAUAUUUUUGUCUCCAAUUGCUGAAGUCUUCACAUUCAGUUUUCUGGUUUGUAAAUAAAUAAUUUUUUGGUCUUUCACUAAGCACUGACACUGGCUAGCUCUAACCAACAUCUUGGAAAUGUUGCCAAUGUCUUAAGGACCCAAAAGGGAAGCAACUGUGCAGAGAGAAAUAUUCUGCAAACCAGAAGUGCAAUAUGCAAAAAAUAAAUGAAAUGCUCUUGAGACUCUGAAUGGAACUAUUAAAUGACAAAGCUGUUUUAAACCUGGGCGCAUGCCAACAUUUUCAGUAUCAGGUUUGCAUACUGUUCCUAACUGUUCAUAAUACGAGCUAAGAAAACCAUUUUGAGAGAGUCUGGGAUAGAUGGAGACAUCUUAUACCUUGUAAGAAUGAAUUGGAACCAUUAAGAAAUCAUCUUGUAAUUCAGCCCAGUAAGUCAGUCCAACAGGUUCUGGCACUGAGCUUUUUGUUGUUUGGGGUUUUUUCUUUAGUGUUUAAAAUCUCCUACCCAUUAUUAUCCUCUGAGGCUAUCUCCCUAAUGUUUCCUAUUAGCACAUGACUGCAGCAGUGUCACAGAAGAAUAAUUUUGAGACAUCUCUUUAAUGGUCUAGACAGGCUGGUUUUGUUUUUGACUUUUCACAUGGAUGCUUGAUUAUUGCACUUUAUUUCCAGGUCUUUCCAUCCUGUACUUCAGAAUCAUCUAAUCUGUAGAGGGGUUUUUUGGGGGUGGGGCAUGAAGUUUUGGUAUUUGUGGCUUAUUUAUUUAUUUAUACAUCCUGAGUGACAUUUUAAUAAAUAAAUUGGCAGCAUAAAGAUAGAAUCCCAAAAGGGCACUGUCCCCAUGGUGAGAAGGGAGGAAGGGAUUGAGAUGGCCAGGCUUCUUAUUUAUUUCCAGGAGCAUUCAUUGACACCUUGAAGAUGAGGGAAGUGGGGGGAGUGGAGGGAGAUACAAGAGUCUUCCUUUGCAGCCCAUUGGAAUGCAGAAAGCUUAAGCAUACUGUUCAGAAGUUCUGAGUCACUAAUGAGCAUAGAAGAUCCUUCAUUGAGUAGGGUUUCUACCAAUCCCAUUUUUCCACCCCUUCUGCACAGGCACAUGUCUCUUGAGCAUGAAGGAAUUACAGAUGCCCUGGGAAUCCUGCUGAAUAGGAAGCCAAAUCUCCAACAUUUUACCCUCAGCUGGGUGGGAAAACCAUCGAACGUGUAAUGUGUGCCAAAAUGAUGUUUUAGAAAACUUAGUUGAUCUUUCUCUUAUCUUGCUGUGAAAUGUACAAAGGCGUCUAGUAAUAUAUACAGUUAUGCCAUGAUCAUGGAGAUGACUUUGUGUGUGUGUGUGUGUGUGUGUGUGUGUGUGUGUGUGUGUGUGUGUGUGUGAGAGAGAGAGAGAGAGAGAGAGACAGAGAGAAAGAGAGAGACAGAGAGACAGACCAUUAUUAAAAGGAGAUCUGCCUGCUGAGAAGAGUAUAGUUCUAUGGGCACACAAGGGAGAUGAUCAAAGAGGAGGCAUUAUAGGGUAAAUGGCUUCUUGCUUUACCCAAUUUUACUUUAAAGUAGCUGAUGUACCGUGGCACUCUUCAUAUGGUGCUAAAAUCCAGGCCACCAUAGAAUAGUUGAAGAUAGUUGACUGAGACUGAUGUUCAGUGGAAAUUGACAUGACAAGUCCAUGCAUUGCUGUCCAUGUAUUCACCAGAUGUCGAUGUGUCCACAGUUUGUCCUCGGUUAUUUUGCAGUAUUUUGUUCAUGUAAACAACAAUGUAUCUUUUUCUAUAUUAUAAACAUUUUUGUAACCAGUAAGUGCAGCCAUUUAGAGGUGAUGAUUUAAUGUUUGCUUUUAAUGUUUCCUUGUCUUUGUAUGAUUCUGUUUAGAAAAAUAAAA